AUCCAUGUUCCGUGCCUUUACCGACACUUUUGCUAGGAAUCAUGAAUGUGAUUUGCUGGACAGCUGGUGGGCAAUUUCCUGACGCCUUGCGGCUUUCUACUCGGGCGCAGCUUGGAACUCAUGUUGGCACGGCUUCAGUUUUUAUGGUUGCUGACAGCCUGCCCCUCAGACGCAUUGGCAAAAAGGUAGAAGCUGCAUUGCAUGUUUCCACCUCUGCGCUCCUGGCUUGGAUGUUUCCAGCGGACAAAAACUAUGGCCGCCAAGCAGAGGGUGCCUUAAGGGCCAUGGCGGGACUGAUGACUGCGAAUGGCUUGGCCCUGCUGAAAAGCAGGGCACGUACACAGCAGGGCCAUCAAGUUGGGAGGCUGCUCACGCCAAAACAACGAUCUGUCUUCUGGCCCGAUUCCUUUCCAGACUAUGGGGUGCGUGAUAAAAGGGUGGCAAUCGACGAGCUUGUGCACUUGCAACUUGUAGCUGUCAGGGCCCCCAAUAUCGGCUUUGAAUGCUAUGGAUCAGACGUGGCAGAUGCUGCUGUUUUAUAUCAAUGGCUGGGUCCAUCUAGGUAUGUCGGGGUGGCAUCAGUGCAACGACGGACUCGCCCCGGCUUACCUGGACCGGCGCAGAGAUUGUGGGAGCAUUGUCUUUUGCAGUUUAGACCAGCGUUGAAGGGAUCACAACUCCGCAAGUACAAGUUGUUCCGACGUGCACCAGCCUGUCAGCAAGGUUUUCUGAUCUGUCGGUGUGGGCCAAGUGCUAUGAUGUUUGCAGCAGAACAAGUCGAGAUUCGCUGCCACCGUCCUCCAGCGAACACAACAAAGCGAAAGAAACUAAAGUGCAAUAAUCUAGCUCGUUCUCGGCCUCCUCGAUCAGGUAGGGGCUAUGUUCCGCACCAUGUUCGCCAGGGUACCUUUGAAGGUAGUUUUGCAGCUGUUCAAUUUGACAGGGCCAAGGCCAGGGUCCUAGAUGCAAUGCGCUUCAAUUCCCUGCGGCUUCAGUACCAAGACGUGGUAAGCAACUUGCAGCUUGACUUCCGGUCGGCAUACAGACACUUUCAACAGACUUGGCUUGCUAAGUCAGGCGCGUUUGGGCCGCUUGACAUACGCAGCCCCAACCACUGGCGAUUGGCGCUGUUGUAUAUUUCCACCUUUGGCUGUAGCCUGCACUGGAGAUCUUUGGACAAGCAUUGGGGGUCUUCAUGUGCGGCCCUGCUCUUAUGGAAGCGAGCCAAAGCCUGGCUCGGACAGAGACGGCGCUCAAUUUUUCAGCAGAAGGUGGACAGCCUCCUACACUCUCGCAGGCUUCCCAGCACAAGGGGGGCAACUAUCACAGUACCACGUCCAUGCUUUGUGCCAGCGGUCAAAAAGGCUAUUAGAACUGCGCUCUCUCAACACCCUCACUGGGAUCCCUUGCUGCGACAGCACGUGCUGCAGAGCACCCGCAUCGUCUUGGGCAAGGAGAUCACGUUUGCAGAUAAGCAGAACUGCGGUGCCAGAUCGCAGGACUUUGAUUGGGGGCCGCUUGCGCAAUGUGAUGACAGCACCCUGGCCGAUGCCAUAUGUGGAAAGGGAUGCAGCCGAGUGGAAUGCAACUGGAAGGUGCCUUUACAGCCGACGCCGCAGGCAGACAUUGCUGCCGUGAAGCGGUCCUUAGCAAACUGGGCAAACAAUUUUGCCUGGCCUGGGACUCACAAGCAGAUCUGUGGUAAGGCAGCAGCCAAACUCAGCUGCAGCAGAAAGUGGCAGGAGCUUCAUGCUGCCUGGCGCAAACAGCGGGCCAGCUAUCUGGCACACACUUGCCAAUUCAGUGGGCCUGGGCUCAUCAUUUGCCCGGACGACAAGGUCAAGCAGUACAAAUGGAAAGCCAGCCGGGCCCUUGCCUUCGUGGUUAGGCAAACUAUUUUCUCCGAUGAAGUCUGGGGGUUGAAGGAUGCCCGAGCUGACAUGGAAAAGAAGAUGGACAGACUAGCUGCCCCACGGCGUGCGGGUCUAUGUGAUCGAUGUGGUGGCCGUUGUCAUCCUUUGCAAGGUAUCACUGCUGAUGCGGGGCAAUUCUUUGAAGCGGUAUCGUCCAAUUCUGCGUGUGAAAAUCUGGGCUCCAUUUUGCGUCUGGCAAAGCAAAAUGGAUUUUCUGCUGUAACAGUUGCUGGACGGCGUACAGUCUUCUUUGGGGGGUGCGUCUAUCGCUCCUUUCAAUCUUGCAAGGUGUUCCACUUCAACGACCUUUUUUGGCUUUUUGCUGCAGCAGUGUCUAUGAAGUAUGCCACACGGGACUUUGGUCGCAGACAGGGGGAAAGAUUUCAUUGGCCAGACCGCUUGUGGAACCAUAUGGUAGCGCGUGGCAGAUACGUCGACGAUGUAUUGUGGGUCAGCCGGGCCCUGUGCAUUGACUGCCUGACUGCAGCGGUCCCAGUGAUGUACACAGUGCCUUUUGAUGUUCAAGCUAUGUCCACUGAUGGCAAACUUACAUGGCUGGACUUUGAGAUUUCUUUGCCGGAAAUGAGGUGGUCAGUGAAGAAAAAGCCCUUUGUCCCUCGUCUCCCUUGGGCAGUCAGCCAGCGUUACGCCUUCUCCAUCAUAUCGGGAAGAGUUUCCCGAUGGCAAGAAAUGAGGCUUCUGCCAGAAGAUUUUGCAGAAGCUUUGGUCGACGUAUUUGCUGCUUUCAAACAAGCGGGCUGGCAAAAAAAGCAUUUGCGGAAGGCAGUGUUCCGUGUAGCACAGCGAAAAGCCGGGGUACUGGAAGGCGCACCACAGUGUGAGGACAAAGUCGUUGAGGAAAUCCGCAAACUUCGUGAUUCCUUGAAACCAUGUGCUACAACGCCCACGACUCCAUCAAAAGUGGGCAACCAGAGCCAAGCCCACCUGACUCCAAAAAGCAAAUCCCACCUGAAAACAUUGUUGUCUUUCAUGCAGAAUGGGGAGCUGCAGCAUUUGGCAGACAUGGCUCAGGCUGUUUCCUGGGAAGAUAUCGAAGAACAGCUGCAGAAUCAGAGUUUGGCCUCUUUGAAAGAGUACCUAGGUACUCGGCUGCCCUCUUCAGAGAUCCCAGCUAGGAAGCCGGCCGCAGUGUCCAAGGUUCUGCAACUCGCAAAGCGCGCUUUGCCUCACUGAAUGCAUGGACAUUGCUCAUGGCUGUUUCUCUACCUUCUUGGAAGCAUGGCAGUGGGUUUCUUGCUGGGGCUUUCAGUCAGCAGCACGCCCAAUCCAGUUGAUUUCUUCGCAUUUCCUCUGCCGCAUGAAGUGCGCAGUUUUUUCAGAUGGUGGGAUGCAUGGUGGACGCUGUCAGUUCGAGAGCGAAAUAUCACUGGCAUGAUUGAUGCGUGGAGUGGCGCUAGCCUGCAGCCUCAGGUGAGCAUAGUGAGCGUGAGCGUGGUUUCUGUUCUAACCUUAGCUUGCCGGGAGUUUGGCUAUCCCGCGGGCUUGGCUGGACUAGUGCAGAGGCGUGGAAGCAGUUUUGGCGGGGCAACCUAAGUUGCAUUUCCAUUAGUAUGCUUGGUGUGCUGUUUUCUUUUUGGUUGCUGUUGGUUGAGAAGGAAACAGUUUUGUAGGGCGAGUGAAGCGUGCAGCAACAGUGCAGCAUGCUGACAUGCCUGCAAAAGCAAACCGUGAUCAAUCAUCAAGUUCAAUGCUUAGUCUUGCAGUAGUCCCACAUUUCUGCUUCAGGGUUUUUCAUAUCCAUAUCCGCCGGCCGAUGAUCCUCGCAUGUUCACUAAGGUCCCACCUUGUAAGGGUGUUAUAUGCUUUCGGG